AUGCUACCCACGACAAUUCGUACACCUCCUCAGACCGGCGAUUACACGCCCCUCGCUGAGUAUCAGACUACAACACCAGAGAGCUUCAUCGGUGGAACCCCUGUUCUUCACUACCAUCUCCAGGGCGCAAAGGCAUGGAUUCCCAAGUCGCAAUGCGGUAUUCUAGCUUUAUUUCCUGCGGAUUCAAGUGAGAAGCCAAGUGCUCCCGAAGGGGACAGCAUCAACGGCGAUGUCGAGGAGCUCGUGGAACAAACUAUAGAUGUUUUCGUGAACUCUGAGGCCUUGACUCUAUUCAGCAACAAAGUUGGGGCUGGUGUCUCAAUUCCUUACCCCUCGAUAUCAAUUCACGCGAUCAAGCAACUCGGCCCCGAAACAGACGCCGAGCGCACCCAAGCGGUAUGGAUGCAACUUGAGUUCUCCGACGGCGGCGCCGAGGACGACGAUUUCAACACUGUAGAUCUCACCAUCAUCCCUCCCAAAUCCGACUCUGAGGGCGGUGCUGCUAAGCAACUAUACGAAGCCAUGGCCGCCUGCUCAGAUCUUCACCCUGAUCCCAACGAAGAUGAGGACGACGAGGAUGACUACGACCGCAUCGUUUUCGAGGGCAGCGAGGAGCAUCAAGCUAUCGAGGGUUUCACGGGUGUUAUGCGCGGUGCUAGCAAUGGUGGACUACCACCUCCUAUGCCCGGAAGCGGCGGUUGGAUCACAGCUGAUAACUUGCAUGAGUAUUUCGAUGAGAACGGUAACUGGAUCGGCCAGGGCGCCGAGGACCAAGAAGAGGAGUUGGGUGAGGGUGCAGGAAGAGUACGAGAUCGUGAUGAGGCUGAGGGUGCUGGUUCAACUGAGAGUCAAGCAGCUGAUGAUCCUGAGAAUAAGCGACCUCGCGUGGAGUAG